UUUAAUAUAUGUGAUUAUGGCUAUUUUAUAUCAUAUCUCUAAAUAUUUAAGAAGAUUUAUAAAGGCUCAUACAGUAAAUUACAUGUACACAAAUGGUAUUCCAAAAGUUUGUACUAUUAAAGAGAUGUCUUGUAUUCAGAAUAAAAAUAACAUCAUAUGGAUUGAUAUGGAGUUAACAGGUCUUGAAAUAGAAAACGAUUGUAUUCUUGAAAUUGCUUGUUUAGUUACUGAUGAAAAUUUAAAUAUUAUUAGUGAUGAAUUUCAUAAAAUUUUAUAUCAAGAAGAUAGUAUAUUAGAAAAAAUGAAUGGAUGGUGUAAAAUAACCCAUUCUGAAUCAGGUCUUACAAAAGCUUCACAAAAAAGCAAUGAAAAUGAGGAUUCUGUGGAUAAAAGUCUUUUAAAUUUCAUGAUGCAAUAUGUACCAGCAAAAAAAUGUCCUUUGGCAGGAAAUUCAAUUUACAUAGAUCGAUUAUUUCUCCAAAAAUACUUAAAAGAAUCAAAUAAUUAUUUACAUUACAGAAAUAUUGAUGUAUCAUCAAUAAAAGAAGUUGUGAGACGUUGGAAUCCUGAAAUUUAUAGUUUAGCUCCUAAGAAAACGCAUAGUCAUAAAGCAAUGAAUGAUAUUAAAGAAACUAUAGAAGAACUUAUAUUUUAUAGAAAGAAUAUUUUUAAUAUUAAUAGUAAUUGAUUUU